AUGGACGCCAUGGACAGCAAGAGCAAGGGGACCAACAAGAAGAGCAAGAGCCUGCUUGGCAAGUACGAGCUAGAUCCUGGCGCUGUGGCAGAGAAGACGAUGGAGCCUGAUCAGGAAGCGCUAGUCGUUCGUGACCAUGUCUUCUUCAAAAACCUGCUCACCUUGAACUGGAACGCGGAUCAGCUCGGCAAGAUUGUCUUGCUUGGGCACAGCUUUGGCACCAUGGUCAGGAUGCUUGAGCUCAGCAUGUCCAAGCAGGAGAAGUUUGGUGUCACCGAGCAGAGGGAGAAAGUGAGGAGGGUGAUGGCAAUUCGGGAUUAUGUGCGUGAGAUUGAGUUAUGCUCAGAAAUCGAUGGUUUGCUCGAUAGCCCUCUCUGGGGAGAUGAUGGUCCUGAUGAUGAACUAGCCAAAGAUUGUGACGAUUCAUUUCUUUCAAAAAAAGAUUGUAACGAUUCACCGGAGGAGUACAGAUGCAUGCACUGCAUUGGUAAUAUAGAGAGACAUGCCAUGAUUAGUGCUCUUCCCAGCUCCUUUUCAGUUCAUGUAUUCCACUUUGAUCCUGAAAUUGACAUGGACCAUCUUGUGCCAGUGAAUUGUCCUAAGAGGGUUUGGAGCACAGUGAACGUCCAGAUGAACUGUGAUGCUCAGUUAGCAGGAUGGUAUUUAAAUCCUAAUGAUGCAUACAUUGAGGAUAAAGACUUAAAGGAAGCGGUGAGCAUAGUUAAAGAAGUGCGUGAAACUAUGCUGGAUGUUAGGAGUUCUUCACUGUACGCAAAGUUCAUUCAUCAGCUUAAGGAAAAUCCAAGUAUUGGAGAUCAUAUCUCAAGCAUGUUGGGAAGUCAUGAAUGCAUGGAUUUGGUAAUUUAUGGCCUUAGGAGCUUUGAAUUUGACAUGAGAUCUCAGUAUCAGCUUGCUUUCGCUCUUCUUCUAAAGGAAGAUAAGUGCCAAAGAAGUGUGGAGAAGCCAACACUUUUCUAUGUUCCAGGUCUGAAAUUCAUAGGGAAUCUUGUGGAAUCAAACUUCUCUCCUAAACAAUUAAAUAAGGUGAUUCUGGUUUCCUAUGGGUUGAAGUCCAGUGUGGAAAGUGCUUAUGGUGCAUUUGAAAACUGGAACCGUGGAUGUACCAGUAGGGGUUCCCUAGCUUUUGAAAGGGACAGAUUCCUGUGGGCAACCGUGGAUUACAUUCAUGAAGCCAUUGCUAUGGGAAAAUCCAAUGAGGAAUUAGAUGGUGUUGGUGAGUUGAAGGUGGAGUUUGUUGAAGUAAACGAUGAUAUGGACAUAUACUCAAAAUUGCCAAGGCUGACACUCAAGGAGAAAUUCUACCUUAACUUCAUGUUGGAGGUGGAAUAUAAUUCAUUCCUUUCUUUUGAUCAUGUGGCUUCCCUCCGUAUGCAAUUGGAAGAGCGAAUAUCACGCCCAUUCAGAGAAAAUCCAUGUGAUUGCUGGGAUGAUGAUACUCCAUUAUGGGGACCUGUUUUCCGUCACCGUCUCCCAGCAAUGAAACGGACUACAUGGUCGCCUCCACCCAAGGGUUGGAUCAAGCUCAAUUUCCAUGGAAUUGGCUGUUGCAAGGGCCGUCCCGCCUGCAUUGGUGGCAUAUUCCACAAUGACAAAGGUGAGGUGCUCUCGUACUAUGCUGGUCCCGUAGGAGACGUGGCCCAGAUUGUGGCCAGUGCCAUGGCACUUGAGAUGGAGCUACAAAAAAUGAUUGACCUCCAUGAACCAGUAUUCAAGCUGAUCAUUGAGGGGGACAAUCUUAUGGUGAUACGCUGGUGCAACAGAAUCGCUCGCCCACCUGAAAGAGCUUUUGAUUCAUUUUCACAUAGCUAUUGGUACAUGGAUAUGAGACCCACCGAGGCACCUGCUCCUGACAAGGUACCUGAGUGCAAGUGCAACAAGGGUGAGGAUGAUGGUUCAAAGGAUACAGAAGAGGAUAAUGGUCGAAAGGAUGAUGACGAGGAGGAUGUUGGUGCAUCUUCAGAGUUUGACAUCCCUCCUGGAUGGGCUCAGAGAGAGUACAUAGCUUGGCAUGUUGAACAGCCGGCUAAUCGGGUCACGAUUGGUCUGGCACGUGUUGGAGCUUCCCUACCUGGGAUCUUUCUACACCAAUCAAGCAUGUGUGACUGUGGACAUGGAAUGAACAUGAAGAAUGACAAGCCAGACGUUACAUGUUAA